CACGACGUGGUGGUGUGAUACUGUACGUGAUUGGCGGGCGGGUGGGUUUGGUUUGUGUGUCUGGGAACCUGCUACUGGUCUCCCAUCCAUACACGCUCACACACAGAGAAAGAGCCACGGUCAGACAGACUGGCUCUCCAACAACGACAGCGGGGGGAAAAAAACUCUCCUCGCGGCUCAGAAACCAGCAACUACUGCAGAAGUGAAGUCGACGUGAUGUUAACCUCGAAAUGCUCCCGUUUAUUUUGAGAAGAAGGCUAACAAUAGGGAAGAAGCUGCUUAAAAGUAGGUGAAGUGUGACAGCUGGAGACAUUUAACCCAAGGAUUUGUUGACUGCACGUGGAAACGGCUCGCUCAGACGCAUCGUCAAGCCUGGACUGCUCCACUUUAACUGGUGACCAGCUGUUUACGUCUGCCUAAAUCAGAGAUGAGUGCCAAAUCUGUAAUCAACAAGGAGGUGUUCAUACCUCACGAUGAGAAGAUGCUUGCUGCUGUACAGGUCAAGCGGAGGACAAAGAAAAAGAUCCCCUUCCUGGCCACCGGUGGUCAAGGAGAUUACAUGACGUUCAUCUGCGUCUCAGUGACGAAUAAGAAACCAUCCCACGUUUCAAUCACAAAGGUGAAGCAGUUCCAAGGAUCAUCUGCCUUUGUAAAAAGGUCACAGUGGACAAUUGACCAGCUACGGCAGGUCAACGGCAUUGACCCCAACAAAGACUGUCCGGAGUUUGACCUGAUGUUCGAUAAUGCUUUCGAUCAGUGGGUUGCUGGUUCAUCAGGGGAGAAGUGCACCUUUAUCCAGAUUCUCCACCACACCUGCCAGCGUUACAGCUCAGCGCGGAAGCCAGAGUUUGUCAACUGUCAGUCCAAACUGCUAGGGGGUAACAGUAUACUACACUCAGCUGCAGACAGUGUGACGAGUGCUGUACAGAAGGCCAGCCAGGCUCUGAAUGAGCGUGGUGAGCGAUUAGGCCGGGCCGAGGAGAGGACCGCAGACAUGAUGAACAGUGCUGAACAGUUUGCUGUCACUGCACACAAGCUUGCCAUGAAGCACAAGUGUUAGACCACUGCCAAAACCAACUGGGCUAAGGGAGGGUCAGCAAUCGCCAGUCGCUGUACAGGAGAAGGAUUCCAGAUUUUAUUCUUUGUAAAAGUUUUAAUAUGAUUAAAAUUUGUUAACAAUGUUAACAUUUUAAUGUUUUGGGUUAUUGUACUCCGGUGCAUCUCGUUCCUAAAGAUGGAUCGUGCAGGGGACCGAAGAGAGGUAAACAAAACUGCUUGAGGCUGUCAACUGAAUGUUUCAUGCUUCUGUUUGCCAAAAAAAAGUUACAAGCCACAGCUAUGACUCUACUUGAUAAUGACAGUCACUCAAGACACUUCCUCUUUUCGUUCGCUCACACACAAAUGAGAGCGUACACGUGUUGCCAAAUCAUCAUCGCCAAUUACUCCCACCCAAGGAACAGCUUGGCUCCCAUUUAUACUGGUUAUUUAUGAGGGCUGCGGUAAUUAUGAAGUCUCGAUUUAUGAGUGAGGGCGCCCUCUGAUUGCUCGACUUUGGAUUGGCUGCCAGUAUAUAACAUAUAAAUAAGACACAUAUGUAAAAAAUAGCCUAGAUUUGAUGCCUAAGUUGUAUUUUAAUAGAUAUUGGUGGGAGUGGGAAGUCGAAUGAAAGGGAUGAUCACAUUUCUGUUUGACAUUUAAUGUUUCCUUUUCUGCUCUGAUUUGUGGACAUUAAACUCGGACCAUGAUUUCUAAAUCUAUCAAAACAGUAUUAGUUAAAAAAAAGUUUAAGAUAUGAUUUCAUAAACUGCUGAUGAGACUGAGUGAUGAGUGGUUUGGGUGACAAGAUAUAAAAAUGUUGAAAUAUUUUUCCCUCUUGUUAUGUGUCUGUCAUUGAAAAACAACCUAAACUACACGGAAUAGAUUUUGGGAAGUGUACUUGAAGAUUUCAUUUAAACAAAUAAGCUUUUAAACUAUAUGAAUUACUCUGUGUAAUACUUUAUGUUAACAGGGGUAAUUCAGUAAGCCAGCUUCUGCACUGUAAAAAGCAACAUGUAAUUCUUCUACUACUAUUAUCUCGGUGUCUGUAGAGCUAAUUUGUCCCUGAACAUGGGGGUGCUUUGAAACUGAUCCUGGCUGUAUUUCAACUCUAAACUCUUCAGUAGUCAUACCUUGUGCUUAUUGUGUAACUUGGGUUGGUCAUUAUAAUAUGUAUGCUGAUAAAGGACGAAAUGUCUUAAAUAACA